UCUCCGACGCGUUUGUUGUUAUAGGGAAGUGUGUCUAGUCGUGAAGUUAUACUCAAUGGUACGGGAGUUAAAUCUUAUUCGUGUGUCUCUACUUUGUUUGGAAAACUGAAGAGAAGAUUUUGAAUGUUUCUGGAUGUGAAAGGUGCGUGGUUUAAGUGAUCAACUAAACAGUUAAAAAGUUUGAACUAGGUCAAACUAACAAAACUUUCGCAAUGGGGAAGCUGUCAAAUUUUUAGAAUUGGUUUCUGCUCACUGUGGAACUCGUCACAGUGACAGAAAUAAUUCUUUCGACAUAUAAAUCUGGUAAUUUCAGAUUGAGCACUUACAUCGACGUUAUUGACACUAUGAGGCGGCUUGUUUGAUAACCAUACUUAUUCGUUUAAUAAGAUGUAACCGUGACAAGCGCACAGUAACGAAGGUUUCUAACCUACGACACAAAUUUUAAAAAUGAGAAGUUCCUAUAAAGUUUAAUUUAUGUUUAUUGACAAAAACUAGCGAUAUAAAGCAUCAAAAGAGAUAAAUCUAACUUAAUAUUUUAAUUAAUUAAUAUUACGUAGGAUUUAAUAAAUAUUAAUAAUUGUUUUAUACGACUAAAUUUUAUAUUGACUAAAAAUAAUAACUCGUAAUUGUGAUAAAAGAAAUCUAGUCUAUAUGAACCUCGAAAUUCGUUGCUCAACCGAUUAAUAAGAAUUGACUAAAAAAAAGUGCUCUUGUCGAGGGUGUACAAAAAUAAUCGAAUUAAAUGGGAGACAUAUGUAACCUUGGAAUGGUAUCUUACUAUAAUUCCCUUGCGAUGCUUUGCCAACAACAGCAAGUAUCUGGCCAGCAGCCACUUCCGCAACAAAUACCACAAAAUAAUUCUGUACAACAUAAUUCAGCACCAAAUAAUUCUGCAUUAAGUAAUUCUACGCAACAUAAUUCUACGCAACAUAAUUCUACGCAACAUAAUUCUACGCAACAUAAUUCUACGCAACAUAAUUCUACGCAACAUAAUUCUACGCAACAUAAUUCUACGCAACAUAAUUCUACGCAACAUAAUUCUGUGCAACAUAAUUCUGCGCAACAUAAUUCUGCACAACAUGGUCCGCAACAAACAAAUACCACAGCCGACGGAGGUCAGCAAUAUUGGUAUAGUUAUCCACAUGAGCAUCCACAUGGGUCUUCAGAUGAACAUCCACAUACAUAUCCACAUACACAUGCAUAUACACAAAGACAUACACAAACACUUACACAAGCACAAGCUCAAGCACAAACACAUGCACAAACACAUGCACAAACACAUACACAAACACAUACACAAACACAUACACAAACACAAGUACAAGCACAAGCACAUUCACAUACACAUCCAAAUACGCAUGCACAUACAUUUCCAUAUACACUUCCACAAACACUUUCAAAUACACUUCCACAAACACUUCCACAAACACUUUCACAUGCACUUCCACAAACACUUUCACAAACACUUUCACAAACACUUCCACAAACACUUUCACAUACACUUUCACAUACACUUUCACAUACACUUUCACAAACACUUUCACAUACACUUCCACAAACACUUUCACAUACACUUCCACAUACACUUUCACAUACACUUCCACAAACACUUCCACAAACACUUUCACAUACACUUCCACAAACACUUUCACAUACACUUCCACAAACACUUCCACAUGCACAUACACAAACACUUCCACAUGCACAUACACAAACACUUCCACAAGGACUUUCACACACACUUCCACAAACACUUGCACACGCACAUACACAUCCACAUGGAUAUCCACAUGUCCAUUAUCAAUCAACUGGACCACAACAGUAUUUGGAUCCGGCAGAGAUGAUUCCGAAUUGGCCGCAUCCUCACGCUUACCCGUACUCACAUAUUCAUCAGUAUCAGUAUCAUCAGUAUCAGCAACCUCAGCUGGCAGGAUUAAAUGAUUGGGGUAAUGAAGCAAGUGGUCCUGUUAUAAUUGAAGAAACAAGCCGUCCUGUUACUGCCAGCGGGAGCGAUCUUAGUAAUCCAGAGACUUCGUCUACUCCACCGAGGAAUAACGACAGCAGUAACGUUACGAAUAGUAAAAAUAUUACGCCGCCUAGCACUAGCAAUAGUGGGAACAGUAUUAAUAGCGCGACAUCGAUGAGAUCCGCGCAGAUCAGAAGUCCCUACGAGUGGAUGAAGAAGACUUCCUACCAGUCUCACCCCAAUCCUGGAAAAACCCGAACUAAAGACAAAUACAGAGUGGUCUACACAGAUCAUCAGAGGUUGGAGCUUGAAAAGGAGUUUCAUUAUAGCCGUUACAUUACAAUUCGCCGCAAAGCUGAACUCGCCGCUAAUCUUGCGCUCUCGGAACGUCAAGUCAAAAUCUGGUUCCAGAACCGUCGCGCAAAAGAACGAAAACAAGUUAAAAAGCGCGAAGAACUCGAACAGAAAGAGUUAAAAGCAGCAGAUAGAGUACCAAACAAUGCAAUGGCCAACCUAACGAUCGGGGGGUUAGCAGAAAUGGGUGGAAUGCUUGGUUAUGAGGCCAGUCCGCCGCCGUCUCCUCGUGCCGGACCUUCGCAUCUACUCGUGUAAGGUGCGUGAUAGCUGUCGUCCACCCAAACAGCCAUUCCCAUUGGCGGGGUGGAGUUGUUACCUGAUCACAGAAGUUUGGUUCAGUGAUGGCUAAUUUCAGAAGCUCCAUCUAAUGUAUGCUGGAUCGAUUUUGCUAUUACACCAAUGAGCUGCAAUAGGGAAAUCUCCAGUAAAUCAAAAAAACGAACUCUAAUUUUAAAUAUCAAAUGUAUAGAUAUUAAUUUUAUAAUUUCAAAUUGUCUUGGCUUAAUGCUAAGAAAGGAAUAGAAUUAAGUAAUUCUUAUUAAUUUUAGACUAUAUGUAGUAAUAAAGAACGAGAUUAGUAAGACCAAUUCAAAUAUUACAAAUUCUAUAUGUUAUGUAAUACAAUAAUAUAGUACAUUGACAGCACAAGGUAAAUAAAUAAUAUAAUGUAAAUAAAUAACACAAUAAUAAUAGAGAUUUUGUAAUGAAACAAUAAAAAUUCAAAAACCAGUGAAAUAGAUCAUUUUAUAAUUUGACCUUCAUCGUAGGGGAGGGACUGGCUUAUGUAAGGUUCAACUUUGCCUUUCAUGGCUGCAGAUAUCAAAGGUGACAACAGGGCUCGCAUUCGCACACCUCGGGUGUCAAAUACAGAGCAGCGACAGAUACAAAAAUUCUUAGCAAUUAUAUCGAUAGGCCAGCAAGACGUUGGUAAAUCGACGUCAUAAAUGUAACGUCUAUUCUGUACUUCAUCGGUGAUAUUGGCACUGACGAAUCUUUUAUAAUGAUUGCUAUGUUCGCCGUAGGGAAUCACGGAGGGCGUAAAAAAGAUUCUAAUUUUUUGGCUGAUCAUGAAAAUAUUAAGGAAAUGAUUUGAAAUCCAAUAUUGAAUUAUUUUUGUUUAUAUUUAUGUCACAUGAUUAAAGAAACAAAAGUAAAUUCAAAAUAUAAAUAAAUUAUCCAAAUUUACAUGAUUUUAUGUCACAAUAUAAAGAUUAUAGAAAGCACAUGCAAAAGCAUUUUAUAAUGCAGAAGCAAAAAGUUUGAGCAUUUUAUUAGCGCAAUUCCUUUUUCACAAUUAUAAUAUUAAAAAUUUUUGUGAUUGCGAAGAAACGGUGCAACUUGUACUAUUAAAUUAUCUCAUUGUAUUUUAAACAUAUUUAUAACGAAAGAUUAGAUCGAAAUUAAUUAUAUUAAUACACUAACGACAGAAGGCUAGAAGAAAUAUAAUAAUAGAAGAAUUAUAUUAAUUGUAUUUUGCGCUUUGUAAU